GCCGGCACCGCUCCGCUGCGCCCCGCCGAGCCCCGCGCCCGCAGCCGGCCGGCGACACCGCGCCCCGGCCCCGCAGCCAGGGCGAGGAUGGACACGCUCCUCUUCUGGGGCAUUCUCCUGGCGUCCUCUGCCCGCUGCCGGGCUGUGCCUGUGGAGCCAGGUGCUGCGCCCUCCUGCCCGCCCCAGUGCCACUGCGAACAGGAUGGCAUCGUGCUCUCGGUGGAUUGCUCUGAGCUGGGGCUUUCGGAGGUCCCUGCCAACCUGAGCCCUCUCACCUCUUACCUAGACCUGAGCAUGAACAACAUCAGCCAGCUGCAGCCCAGCGCGCUCCGACACCUGCGCUUCCUGGAGGAGCUACGCCUCUCUGGAAACCAGAUCUCCAGGAUCCCAGGGGAAGCUUUCUCUGGCCUCUACAGCCUGAAGAUUCUGAUGUUGCAGAACAAUCAGCUGAGCCGCAUCCCUGCAGAGGCACUGAGAGAUCUUCCAAAUCUCCAAUCUCUACGCCUGGACGCAAACCUCAUCUCCGUGGUGCCCGACACGAGCUUUGAGGGGCUGCUCUCCUUGCGUCACCUGUGGCUGGACGAUAACGCCCUGACGGAGAUCCCUGUCCGAGCUCUGAACCACCUGCCAGCGCUCCAAGCCAUGACCCUGGCCCUCAACCAGAUCUGGCACAUCCCCGAUUUCGCCUUCCAGAACCUCAGCAGCCUCGUGGUGCUGCACCUGCACAACAACCGGAUCCAGAGCCUGGGAGCCAACGGCUUUGAUGGGCUGCACAGCCUGGAAACCCUGGAUCUGAACUACAACGAGCUGCUGGAAUUCCCCGGGGCUAUCAGGACGCUGGGCCGACUGCAGGAGCUCGGUUUUCAUAACAACAACAUCAAAGCUAUUCCAGAGAACGCAUUUGUUGGGAAUCCCCUCCUCCAAACAAUCCAUUUUUAUGACAAUCCCAUCCAGUUUGUCGGACAGUCUGCUUUCCAGUACUUGCCAAAGCUCCACACUCUGUCACUCAAUGGAGCAACGGACAUCAGGGAAUUCCCGGACCUUAAAGGCACCACCAGCCUAGAAGUUUUGACCUUGACCCGGGCAGGCAUCCAUUUCCUCCCCAGAAGGAUGUGCCAGCAGCUGCCCAGCCUCCGAGUCCUAGAGCUGUCACACAACCAAAUUGAAGAGCUGCCCAGUUUCCAUCGGUGCCAGCAGCUGGAGGAGCUUGGUCUCCAGCACAACAAGAUCCACGAGAUUAGAGCAGACACCUUCAUGCAGCUGAUGGCCCUGCGCUCCAUAGACCUGAGUUGGAAUAACAUCCAAUUUAUUCACCCAGAAGCCUUUGUGACCCUGCACUCCCUCACCAAGCUGGACUUGACUGAUAACCAGCUGGUCACGCUGCCCCUGGAUGGUUUGGCUGGACUGACCCAUCUGAAGCUCCAAGGCAACCCAGCUCUCUCUGAGCCCUUCACCAAGGAGAGUUUCCCCAAAAUGAGAGUCCUGGAGGUGCCGUACGCCUACCAGUGCUGUGCCUACGGGAGCUGCAGCAGCUUCUUCAGGGUGUCCAGCCAGUGGGAGGCAGAAGACAUGAGCCCUGAGGAGGAGGAUCCCCACAAGAGGACCUCAGAAUUGUUCCCAGGUCAUGCUGAUAACCACUAUGACCUAGAUGCAGAUGAUCUUCAGUUGGACCUUGAGGAAUCAAAGCUGCACCCCACUAUUCAGUGCACACCAAGCCCCGGUCCCUUCAAGCCCUGUGAUCACCUGUUUGAGAGCUGGAUCAUCCGCCUGGGAGUCUGGGUCAUCGUUCUGGUCUCGGUGCUCUGCAAUGGGCUGGUCAUCCUGGCUGUCUUUGCUUCCCCCAGCUACCUCUCCCCGGUGAAGUUCCUCGUGGGCUCCAUCGCUGGGGCCAACAUGCUGACGGGCAUCUCCUGCAGCAUGCUGGCCCUCGUGGACACCCUCACCUACGGCCACUUUGCCAGAUACGGCGCCAGAUGGGAGACGGGUGCGGGCUGCAGGGUGACAGGGUUCCUGUCCGUGUUGGCCUCCCAGGCUGCCAUCUUCCUGCUCACCCUGGCUGCUGUGCAGUGCAGCCUCUCAGCCUCCUGCGUGCGGGGCUAUGGGAAGUCCCCCUCCCUAGGCAAGGUCAAGGCUGCUGCCUGCUGCUGCCUGUUGCUGUCCUCUGUGGCUGCCGUUCUGCCUCUCUUCUCCAUUGGGGAAUACGGAGCAUCCCCUCUCUGCCUCCCAUACCCCAUCCCAGAGGGGAAACCCGCCACCCUGGGCUUCCCUGUGGCCUUGGUGAUGACAAACAUGCUCUGCUUCCUGACUAUCACCGGCACCUACAUCCGACUCUACUGCAACCUGCUGAAGGGGGAGUUCAGCGCUGUCUGGGACUGCGCCAUGGUCAAGCAUGUGGCCUGGCUGAUCUUCACCAACUGCCUCCUCUACUGCCCAGUGGCCUUCCUCACCUUCUCCUCUACUCUCAAUCUCUUCCUUAUCACCCCAGAGGUCAUCAAGUCCGUCUUCCUUGUGGUCCUGCCCCUGCCCGCCUGCCUCAACCCCUUGCUCUACCUGCUCUUCAACUCCCACUUCAGAGAUGACUUCCGCCUGCUGAGGCAGAAAGGGCAGGACAAGGGCAGCUUCCCCCAGUCCUGCAGGGCUGAUGACAUGGAGAAAAGCUCCUAUGACUCCACCCAGGCUCUGGUGAACUUCUCCGACAUCGACCACAUCUUUGAUACCCCUGAUUCCCUGGGAGUGCGCCCCAUCCUUGACAGCUACAGCUUCCCCUCCAUGACGCUCAUCCCCUGCCAGCAAAGGGUGGGCACUAGGGGGAAGGAGAGGGGCUUCUCUGAGCACUGUCCCUGCCUCAAUGACAGUGAGAUGCUGAUAACUUCAGAGAGCCAAGAUCUGUCCGGCAGCAGCCUCCGGAUAACCUUCUUCCCCUCCCCACCCACACCGCCCUACACAUCUCACUUAUAAACCUCCUCAGAGCAGCCGUGGGAACAGCCCCACAGCACACGCCGAGGGCCAACACCAGUGCCGAGGGGCCAGCAAGGUGACACACACUGCUCCCUGAAAAGCACCAGUACAACCUGUCUACCCUCAUCCCUCUCAUACCUGCCCAGGCAACAGGCACCGCUCUGCCAGCUGCCCCUGGCCUAGAAGGGCUCUGACUGAGCUCCAGACACUCAGGGCUGGCCAUGGGGGGAGACAAUCCCUGUGUGAGUCUCACUUCUGCUAGGAACUGUCUGGGAGAGAGCCCCACUGCCUCAGGAAGUGGAUCAGGGAAACCCUCCUCCUCCUCCUCACACUGCAGCAUCACCAGCCAGGAGGAGCCUGCAGCGAAGCCAAGCUUGUCUUCUCAAGGCAGAGACGUCUUAACCAAAGCCAUUGCUCUGUGGCAACUGCUGGAAAUGGCCAACUGCGAUGACAUGGCCACCCACAGGAACCCCAGGCCUUGUCCUCUAGGGCUCUCUGCAGGUCCCACACACCCCUGGAAAUGAGCUGGUGUCAUACGCCAUCAAAAGCACCGAAUCCAUGUGUACACCUGAGUUUUGGACCACCUCUAUUUUGGGAAUCCCCACUCAUUCACUGGGAACCUCAUGGGUUGGACACAACCCUCACUUCCAGCCAAGACCAGGAGCUGGGGAUGCUCAGUGCUUCAGUCUGACCCACAGUGUCUCACAAGGGGUCUCUGAAACCCACAGCAGCCAAACCCAAACAGUUCCCAGAAAAACCCAUGUGCUCUGCCUCAGGUCGCCCAGCAGCACCCAGCCAAGGCACCCAAGGGCACACUGGGCCCCCUCCACCUUUGCCACCCCCCCUUCACACAGCACAGCACACCUGGAGCACUCCUGUCUGUAGUCACCUGGCUCCUGGUCUCAGACAUGGUGAAAAUGGGGUCUGAUUGCCUCAUUGCCCCCAAACCUCACUCCUGGAAGAGGCUCUUGGUUCUGGGUACAUGUCCCACACACAGUGUAGCCAUUUUGGGGACUGCAUGUGCCUCCUCCUAUUUUAAGGGCAGGCAGCUGGUAUAGAAGGAGGAAACAGAAAUCAGCAUUGUGGGAUGGUGGCAUCAGGAGGACAUAGGCCACUGGGAACAGCCUCAAAUCCACUCCCUGCAGCUCAGGGAUCUCCCAAAUCCAUUGACUCCAUCACAAACCCUCCCAGUGCCACCCAGUGCAGCAGGGAGCCCUGCGCUCAGAGCUCGGGCCCUGGGCAAAGCUUUGGUUCUGCUGACAUUACUGCAGCUGUUUGUCACUCAUUUUCAUGAGACAAUAAAUGAGCCCCAUUGCUGACCA